UUGUCUAUAGUCAUGCAUUCCUUUAAAGGGUGCACAGGCUGCGCAGCGGAGGAGAGGCUCUUCCGCAAGCUGUUCGCUCACUAUAACCAGUUCAUCCGGCCUGUGCAGAACGUUUCGGACCCUGUCACGGUGCAUUUCGAAGUGGCCAUCACACAGCUGGCCAACGUGGAUGAAGUAAACCAGAUCAUGGAAACCAAUCUGUGGCUACGUCACAUCUGGAAUGAUUAUAAAUUGCGCUGGGACCCCAAGGAAUAUGAUGGAAUUGAGACCCUUCGUGUCCCAGCAGACAGGAUCUGGAAGCCUGACAUUGUUCUCUAUAACAAUGCUGUUGGUGAAUUCCAAGUGGAAGGCAAGACAAAAGCUCUUCUUAAAUACAACGGCAUGAUAACCUGGACCCCUCCAGCUAUUUUUAAGAGUUCCUGUCCAAUGGAUAUCACCUUUUUCCCUUUCGAUCACCAAAACUGUUCCCUGAAAUUUGGCUCCUGGACAUAUGACAAAGCUGAAAUUGAUCUUCUGAUCAUUGGAUCCAAAGUGGAUAUGAAUGACUUUUGGGAAAACAGUGAAUGGGAAAUUGUCGAUGCUUCUGGCUAUAAGCAUGACAUCAAAUACAAUUGUUGUGAAGAGAUAUACACAGAUAUAACCUACUCUUUUUACAUUAGGAGAUUGCCGAUGUUUUACACUGUUAAUCUCAUCAUCCCCUGUCUCUUCAUUUCAUUUCUAACUGUGUUGGUCUUUUACCUUCCUUCAGACUGUGGUGAAAAAGUAACACUUUGCAUCUCAGUUCUGCUUUCUCUGACUGUGUUUUUGCUGGUAAUUACAGAGACCAUCCCGUCCACAUCUCUUGUGAUCCCACUGGUGGGUGAGUAUCUACUGUUCACCAUGAUCUUUGUCACACUGUCCAUUGUGGUGACCGUGUUUGUGCUGAACAUACACUACCGCACCCCAGCAACACACAGCAUGCCCAAGUGGGUGAAGACAAUUUUCCUCCAACUGUUUCCCCAAAUCCUGAUGAUGAGGAGGCCACUGGGCAAGACAAAAGGGACAGGUUCUGAUAAACACCCCAAAGGCCUUCCCAGAAGGCCUGCCAGGUCAAGUUUGCUAACCGCCAAGAGCCCAAACUCCUGAAGGAAUGC